CCUCUGGCGCUGAGGAGACCUGUUUUUGAUCUAACAGGAGAAACCCGGUGGUCUGAGGUUCGUUCUGCGCAUGCGCUGUGCUGAAACCGGCCACGGGUGAGGCUCCGCCCCUGUCGGGUCUCCGUCUGCGCAGACGUGCGCCGCUUUGACGCUCCUGAGACUUGCUGCUGACCUGCGUCCCGGCGGCCGGCGAGUGUUUCUGUGCGGAGUGAGUGUGCGUGCGUGCGUGUGAGUGAGUGUGAGUGCGAGUGUGAGUGAGCUGGGGAGUGUGAGUGUGAGUCAGAGUGUUGGUGAGCCGCAGAUCGGCGUGUUUUCGCUGGGUUCGCGUUUGCACGCUGUGGCGACGCGGAGCGGCCCUGGCUGAGCGGCUGCUCUGCGCUCCGCUUCCAGCAGGUUCCGGAAACAUCGCCCGACUCCUCGGCAGGUGUGGCCCGGCCGCGGUGAGCGGCUGUUGGAGCCAGGUCGGGGCGUGUUGGGGGGGAUCAUGAGCGGGCAGGCGGGGGCAAGAGGGCGGCGGGGAGGCCGGGUGGAGCAGGGCAUGGACUCGGCCUGCUGGCUGUCUCCCGCAGUCCUGCGGCGGCUCAUCGAGCUGCCCGCCCCGGUGCUGUCCCGGCACCAGCUGAAGCGUCUGGAGGAGCACCGCUACAGCAGCGCCGGCAGAUCCCUGCUGGAGCCCAUCAUGCAGCGCUACUGGGAGUGGCUGGUGUGCCACAUGCCCGUAUGGAUCGCUCCCAACCUUAUCACCGUCGUCGGCCUGGCAACCAACAUCUUCACCACACUGGUGCUGGUGUACUACUGCCCCACGGCCACUGAACAGGCUCCGCUGUGGGCGUACCUGAUGUGUGCGGUUGGCCUGUUCAUCUAUCAGUCUCUGGACGCCAUAGACGGGAAGCAGGCGAGGCGCACUAACAGCAGCUCACCACUGGGGGAGCUGUUCGACCACGGCUGUGACUCGCUCUCCACAGUCUUCGUGGUUCUGGGCACCAGUAUUGCAGUCCAGUUGGGGACGAAUCCAGACUGGAUGUUCUUCUGCUGUUUUGCGGGGAUGUUUAUGUUCUACUGUGCGCACUGGCAGACCUACGUCUCCGGGACGCUGCGCUUCGGCAUAUUUGACAUCACCGAGCUGCAGCUCAGUCUGGCUCUGCUGCACACCUUCACCGCCACAGUCGGGCCCACGUUUUGGAACCUAACGAUCCCAGUAUUAAACAUCCAAAUGAAAAUAGUCCCGGCGCUCUGCACGUUUGUCGGCGCCGUUAUUUCCUGCACAAAUUACUUCAGAGUCAUAUUCACAGGAGGAGUCGGCAAAAACGGAUCCACAAUAGCGGGAACGAGUGUUUUAUCUCCGGUCCUGCACAUAGGCUCCGUUAUAGUGCUGGCUAUGAUGAUUUAUAAGAAAUCUGCUAUCCAGCUAUUUGAGAAACACCCCUGUCUUUAUAUUCUGGCCUUUGGCUUCGUUUCUGCCAAAAUAACCAACAAAUUAGUGGUUGCUCAUAUGACAAAAAGUGAAAUGCAUCUUCACGAUGUGGCGUUUCUGGGUCCUGGGCUUCUCUUCCUGAAUCAGUAUUUCAACAGUUUUAUUGAUGAGUACCUGGUGCUCUGGAUCGCAUUGGUGCUGUCGUUGUUUGACCUGGUGCGCUACUGUGUGAGCGUAUGUAAUCAGAUCGCGUCGCAUCUUCAUAUCUUCGUCUUUAAAAUCAAACCCCCGACGUUGGGAGCGGCUCAGUGACGGACAGCUGCUGCGCCAACU